UCGCUUUUAGAAGUUGUAAACAAACGGUUCUCUCGAAAAAAAAUCGGAACUAUUUGUUUGUGAGACAAAUUUGUCCAAAUUAUAUUAGAUAUUUGAUCUGCUACCAGCUUUAGAAAUGCCGGUGGAUAUCAACCGGCUCACAGAUGGUUGGCUGGAAUUAGAAAGCGACCCAGGCUUAUUCACUCUUCUGCUGGAGGACUUCGGUGUCAAAGGUGUUCAGGUGGAGGAAAUUUACGAUCUUCAGAAAAACAUUGAGGGCCCUGUCUACGGUUUUAUUUUCCUAUUCCGUUGGAUAGAGGAACGUCGCGUACGAAGGAAGAUUGUGGAGACAACUGAAAUUUACGUGAAAGAUGAGGAAGCGGUGAACAACAUAUUCUUCGCUCAGCAGGUGGUUCCGAACAGUUGCGCUACUCAUGCAUUACUAUCUGUCCUACUGAACUGUUCCGAUAUCGAUCUCGGAACGACACUCAGUCGUUUGAAAGUGCACACCAAGGGAAUGUGUCCGGAGAACAAGGGAUGGGCGAUUGGAAAUACACCGGAACUGGCUUGUGCACACAAUUCUCAUGCCAUGCCUCAGGCUAGACGAAGAAUGGACCGAAACUCUGGCGUCAGCACCGGAAGAUUCACCGGGGAAGCAUUUCACUUUGUAAGUUUUGUACCGAUCAAUGGUCAUUUAUUCGAGCUCGAUGGACUAAAACCAUUUCCAAUGGACCAUGGUCCAUGGGGAGAGAAGGAAGCAUGGACUGACAAGUUUCGUCGAGUAAUGUCCGAGCGACUGGGUAUAUCCACUGGUGAACAGGAUAUUCGUUUUAACCUGAUGGCUGUAGUCCCUGAUCGACGUAUCGCAAUUACGCACAAACUUAAAAUGUUGCGAACAAAUCAGACUAUUGUUUCUGCCGCUUUAGAAAAGCUGCUCAAGAGUAAGCAGCCGGAAUGUAAAUCGCAGGCCGAAAUCAAAGAGACUGUUGAUAAUAUUAAGAAAGAAGAAGAUUCUCCCGUUAAAUUAAGCUCGGAGUAUUCUCAGCUACUAGAAAUGAACGAAAAGGACGAGUCCACGGUUCCUAUGUCAAAAGAACUUGAAUCUCUAGUAUCGCUGAAUAGUUCUUCUGAUUCGGUUGAAAUAAUCGGUGAAACAGAAAUCAAGAAGGAAAAUCCACCUCCAUCUCCACCACCCUCAUUUAUAGGAGCCGGAACCUUCUCACCGAAAGAUUUGCUAUCACUACUCAAAAACCUUGAAUCGGAAAUUAACAUUACCGAACAGCAUCUUAGCGAUGAAAACGAGAAAAGAGCCAUGUUCAAAGUAGACGACUGUCGACGAACUCACAACUACGAUGAAUUCAUAUGCACCUUUCUUUCAAUGCUGGCCCAUCAAGGAAAGCUGGGGGAACUCGUUUCGCAGCAUUUAAUCACCAAUCGGAAACCCAAUAUGGGGAGUGUUCAGAACAGUGGUGCCCGAGGAGUCGUUCGAAGCUACAACAAGAAAAAUACCACCAACGGUUCGUCACCCAAAACACCGAACUCGAAGCGAAGACGCGGUCGGACCAAGUACCGCAAAAGAAAGUAAUGCAAUGCGCAGAGAUCUAAGACUUAAUGGUGUUGUCCACGGCAAAGGAAGGUGAGUGUGUGCAUUUUGAGGUGGCAUUUUAUUUAUCUUCCUACUGAUCCGCAAUACGAUGAAGAUACAAUAAAGCUAAUUGCUGAAUAGAA